AUGGGUUCUCCCCUAAAAAAAGCUGAAUCUAAGAAUGCAGAAAAUAGAGAAAAAAUAACCGAGAACGAAGUUAAUAAAGAAGAAUCACAAAUUGCAUCAAAAGAAGCUGCUGCAGAAGAAAUAGAAGAAGAAGACGACAGAUUUAGCGAAACCGAUGAACUAGAUCGAUCUCUCAAGAGCAAUGAUUGUCGGUCUAUUGAGUUGAAAGAAGAAGAGGAAGAAGAUGAUCGAUUUAGUGAGACCAAGGACAUGUCCGAAGAUUAUGAAUUUGAUGUGCCUUCAGAUACAGAGGGAGCAUCAGUCGUUAUUCCUACACAAUCUCCAUCUCUUAGAGAUAAGACCGUUAAAGAAGAGAUUUUAAAUGUUAGUCAGGAUGAGAAACAAAGUUCUGAGACAAUUGAACGUGAUGAUGAACAAGAAAUUGACGUUGUAACAUUAGAAGAGGAUAAAGAAUCUGUAAAAGACGGUACAAGUGAUGGUGUUCAGCUGGAAGAGUCAACCAAAGACAAUCACGAAAAACUAACAGAAAGUCCCCAAAUUUCAAGUAACUCAGAAGACUCAGUAAAGGAAUCAAUAACUUCUUCGGUUGAUGAUAAAUUAGAAUGCUUACAAAAAUCCAAAGAUUCAGUUAGUAUAGAACAGAAUGUCAUACGGGCAGAUCAACAGCAAAACAUACAAGAUCAAAUAGCAAUAGAAGAUGAUGACUGUAAAGAAGAAAAUAAUAAAAUAACAGAAGAUAAUGAUAAAUAUGAUGACAUGAAAAAUAGUUUUCAAGAUAUAGUUCAAGAUGAUGAGAAGGAUGAGGUAUCUACAACAACCACAGAUACCGAAAAAAUAUUAAGUAGCCAAGAUUUAAGUAAUAAUCAAGAUAAAGCUGAAGAAAUUGAAUCAGAUACUAUAGACAAUCAGGAAAUAGGAAACUAUAAGCUCUAA